UAAAAAGCUAUGGUUGGAAAAGGCUCCCCAAGGUUCAACAUAGGUGGUUCCCCAAAGUUGCGUAGGUUCAUUCCUACAACAAGUGCUACUAAAAAGAAGGCUUCUCCUAAAUGCAGUGGGGCAAAAAAGAGUGGAAGUUCUCCAAGAGUGAAACAAAGAGCGGAUUGGAAUCCAGGCCUUGAGAGGUAUCUUGUUGACAUUCUCCAUGAAUUUAAAGAUAGUGGAUAUAGAGGUGACAAUGGUUGGAACUCCGAAGGGUGGAAUAGAAUGGUCAAGGAGUUUCAUGUGAGGAACAAGUAUGUCUCCUUUACAAAGUCUCAAAUUCAGGAUAAAGAAGGUCAGCUGAAGAUAGACUACAAGAUGCUCAAAGCAGCAAAGCAACAGAGUGGGUCCACCUGGAAUGAGAAAAGGAAUAUGGUUGAAGGACCACCAGCUUUGUGGGAGAAUCUCAUGGUGACAUUUCCUAAAAUCAAGAAGUUUAACAACAAUAAGGCAACCUUCCCGCUCUUUGAUGCUUUGGGAGGCUUUAUGAUGGACACUUGGCUGAAGGGACUUGGAAUUGCACUUCUCUUGAGGCACCGCAAGAGGAAGAACCGAAUGAGCAACUUCAAGAUGCAGAAGAUGGACCACAAGGCUUUGAUCUGA